AUGUAAUCUUGGAUAAUUAAAUUAAUUUCUAUUUUUAUUAUGUUCAUAAUGAUAUUUAUAACUGGAAAUAUUCCUUUACGAUUAAAAUCCUAUAAAGAAAAUACUCGAUUAAUUUCCAUAUUAUCUGCAUUUACCGGAGGUUUAUUUUUAUCAAUAGGAAUAUUUUAUUUAAUACCUGAAUCCUAAGUAUUUUAUCUAGAUUUCUACUAAUAAUAAAUAGAAAUUUUUAUGAAAUAUUAUCCAUGGUCUUUUUUUAUAAUUGUUACAACUUUUUCAUUACUGCUGUUUUUAGAUAAAGUUCUUACAAUAGUUGCUUCGCAGUAGAAUAAUAAAGGAUAGAAGUAUACAUAUAAUGGAAAUUUUGAAAAUGAUGUUAAUUAAGAAUAAUAGAAUUUCGAAAAUAAAAUGACUAAUAAUAAUGGAUAAAUAAAUUAAUAAUAAAAUAAUUAAAAUACUAAUAAAAAUAUAGUAGAAACAACUUAAUAAUAAGAAGUUUUUUCUUAAAAAUAAAAUAUGGAUUAAAAUAUUGAAUAAAAAAUAAUCUAAGAAAUAAAAAAGCAAGAUUCUUAAAAAAACUUUAAACCUUAUUUAUUAUAAAUAGCAUUUGGAAUAACUGCUAUAUUAGAAGGAUUAGCUAUUGGACUAGAAAAAGAUUGGGUUAAAUGUUUAAUAUUAGCUGCAGCAGUGCUUUGUCACAAAUGUACAGAAAUACUUACUUUUGCAAAUUCGCUUAAAAAAGCUAAUAUUAAUUUAAAAGUAGCUACUAUAAUGGUUAUUAUUUAAGCUAUUAUUAAUAUUAUAGGAAUAGGGAUUGGAUGGGGUGUAAGUAAUUAAGGAUAUUUAGAAAUGUGUAUUUAUACGAGUAUAACUUCUGGUGCUUUCAUUUAUGUAGCUACUUUGGAAAUUUUAGUUGAUGAGUUUAGUAAUAAAGGAUCUAAGAUUUUAAAAUUCUUAUUUUUUAUAAUUGCAAUAGUGAUAGUUAGUGUUUUAUGGUUUUUUGAAGAGGAAGUAAUGCCAAAUUAUUGA